AUAAAAGACAAAGUAUAUAUUUGUAUUUUGAUUUUAGUGUUAGUCCAAAACAAAAAGCUGAAGUUGUUGAACUUAUUAAACGAUCAACAGAUGAUAUAACAUUAGCUGUAGGUGAUGGAGCAAAUGAUGUUGGUAUGAUACAAACAGCACAUGUUGGUGUUGGUAUUAUGGGUCGAGAAGGUGUACAAGCUGCAUGUGCAUCAGAUUAUACUAUUGGACAAUUUAGAUUUUUAACUAAAUUAUUAUUUGUUCAUGGUGUUUGGAGCUAUCGUCGUUUAUGCAAAGUAUUGCUGUAUUCAUUCUAUAAAAAUAUUUGUCUUUAUGUUAUGGAACUUUGGUUUGCAUUUCAUAAUGGAUUUUCUGGACAAAUUUUAUUUGAACGAUGGACUAUUGCAAUUUAUAAUGUUUUAUUUACAGCAGCACCACCAAUGGCACUUGGAUUAUUAGAUCGAUGUUGUAGUGCAGAAACUAUGAUGAGAUUUCCAGCUAUGUAUAAGAUGUCACAAAAUAGAUCAGAUUUUAAUAUUAAAGUUUUUUGGACAUGGUGUUUGAAUGCUGUUUAUCAUUCCAUUAUUCUUUAUUUUAUGUCUUAUGCAAUGCUUCGACAUGAUGUUGUUCAUUCUAAUGGAAUUGUCUUUGGAAGUCAUUUAUUUCUUGGCAACUGUGUUUAUACUUAUGUCAUCUUUGUUGUUUGUCUUAAAGCGGGACUUGAAAGUGAUUCAUGGACAUUCCUUACACAUAUCGCUAUUUGGGGAAGUAUUGCUUCAUGGUUUCUAUUUUUUAUAAUAUACAGUAAUAUAUGGCCAACGAUACCAUUAGCACCAGAAAUGCGUGGUAUGGCAAAAUAUGUUUUUUCAAGUCUAUAUUUUUGGCUUGGUUUAUUAUUAAUUCCAAUAACUGCAUUAUUGGCUGAUUUUAUCUAUAAUUGGUAA